UCUUUGUUGAGUGGAGACACGUUCAAACACGACCGUUUCUACAAACAACAUCGAACGAAAUGGCGUUACUUCGGGAUUAUACAUUGGAUCCGAUCCUGGUAAAUCGGUAAAUCUACGAUGGAUUACAUUGUGACAGUGUUUUAGUCGUUUCCACACCUAAACCGAAAAUGUUGCCGUGGCCUGCCAAAGAAGUUUCUUUAAUAUGUCGCGGUCUUUCGGAGUCAUCGGAACUUCCACUACUCGACUCCACCGAAGUUGUCAACUUGCAUGGCAACGAUUUUACAGUGAUCUCCACACAACUAUCCAACUUGCUCUACCUCAGGGAACUUGACCUGUCGUCCAACAGAAUUUCAAGCAUGAAAGCACUCAGUAAUCUCAGAAUGCUCCGAAUAUUGAACCUUUCGUGCAAUUUCAUCCGAAAGGUGGAAGGUAUGGCAUCGCUCUCAUCUCUCCUAAUUUUAAACCUCAGCCAUAAUCAAAUUGAGGACGUUAGUGGGUUUAAAGAGGUAAGCGGGAGUGAUUAUUCCCUGAGUGUUGUUUCUCUUUACGAUAACAGGAUUGCUAACUUAAGUCAUCUGGUUACUUCUCUGAGAGAUUGCUCCAAUAUCCGCUGCCUUACUUUAGAACAAGACGAUCUGACCAAUCCGGUUUGCAGCCAAAUUGACUAUCGGCAGCGACUCCUUUCGCGAUUAACUCAGAUCCUUGUUUUGGAUAAUGUCUCCAGAAGCGGUGAAAUCCUAAGAAUAGGUGAUAUCCCUGGUAUUGCUUUACGAAACCCUGGCUCGAGUGUAGAUUUCCCCGUCUCUGUGGGCCCAAGUUCCUACGACUCCUUUAAAAGUCAGUCUGGCCGUUUCGACAGUAAAACCCCCAGAAGUAGUAUGGAUUCACAAUCUCUGUGCGAAAUAAAGACGCCCCAAAUCGAUCUUGUUAUGGAGAAAUAUAAAUAUAAAUACUAUUCCGAUAAUGGUUCUGAUUCAGGGAAUAACUUGCGAAACUCGGAGAACGAUGAAUUUAAUGGCCCUCCUGGGACGUCUAGUUUAAGUAUGGAAUCAACGAGGGGUGAAAGUCUGACAAUAGAACCUCACAACAGCAGUAAUGAUAGUAAUGCUUUGAGAAAGAGUAAUGGAACUAGUGAAAUAUUGCCAAAGGCUAAGGAAAGGUCAAGCAAGAUUGCUAAACCGACUAAGGUUUCUGCUAAACCAGUGCAGAAACCUCUCAAAACUUGUAUCAAAAGUAAAAACCCCAGUGAGAACCCGUCAAAGCCGAAUCUUUGCAGCAGUAAGCAAGCGGACUCUCGUGCUGGUGGUAAAAAGUCAGGAGUAAAAGUUGAUAAUGAAGUUCAGCAGAGUGAUAAGGAGUACAGGGAUGUGAUUGAAAGUACGUACAAGCAUUUGAUUGAAGAACUCGCAGAGGAACGGUCUCGCUGCUGGAAAGCUGAGCAGGCUUUAAAAGAAAUGACCGCUUCUGUGAACCACGCCAGGGCAAGUUCACAAGAAAUAAAGACACAGUACGAAAGAUUGAUUCAAGAAAACAACCACUUAAAAGAGUGUUUUGACAAAGAAAAAAUGCAUAACGUAAAUCUGGAGCAAAAAAUUAGCUCUAUGGACCAAAAACUUGAGGAUCUCCAGCAAAAACUAAAUGCAGCAAAAGAAAACAGUGAAAGUCAGAAAGCUCUUUUAUCAGAAGUUCAAUCUGCUGCUAUCGAAAGAGAAAACCAUCAUAUGAAAAUAUUAAAUGAAGAGAGAAAACGGUUUGAAAAGGAGCGCCAACUUUCAGCCGUUGCAACAAAGCACUCUGGUGACUUAAAGAGUUCUGUGACUUCUUUACAAAAACAAGUUACCGAACUGCAACAGUUGCUGGCAUCUCGGGAACUUGAACACAAAGAUGAACUGCGUGACAGGUUUAAAUUAGGCAGUAAAGAGCUUCGCAGUGUGAUCGAAAGGGAGUUGAAACAUGUUAAAUUGCAAUAUGAAGAUCGCAUGAAGCUUCAGGCUGAACGCACUGAAAUGAUGGAGAAGCAUUAUAAGAACGUAGAGAAGGAGUUGAAUGAUGCUUUGCAGCUUGAGUCAGGCCAAGUGAAUCAACUUGAACUUGCUUGUGAUUCAAUUGUGAAAGAAAACGAGCUCAAUAAACAGGCUUUAAUUGCUGCUCAGAUGAGGGACAAGAAAAAGAGUGAAACCCUUUCACAGUUGACAAAUGUUGUUAAGAAACAAAAGGAUCAGAUUUCAGAUCUCUUGAAAUCGGAACAAGAAAUGACUUCCAAACACAAACAACAAAUGGAAGAUGCUAAUCAGCAUCUGGCAGAGAUGCAGAAGAGAGCAACUCAAAGUGACAAAUUAAAGCACGACUGUUUGACAUAUCAAGCUCAGAUUGAAGCGCAAGAGUCACUUAUUGUGGGUUUGCGUGCUGAACGGAAGGUUUGGGAGAAUGAACUUGCUCAACAAGGGACUUCUCUUGCUCAAGAUCGUGGUCGGCUCGAAGUCAAGUUGGAAUCUCUUGAAGUCGAAAUUGAGUGUCUGAAGAAGCAGCUGAAAUCUGAGGUAGAUACAGUAAAAAUAAAGACGAAAAUCAUCGAUGACCAGGCUGAAUCAAUAAGAUCCCUGAAAGCAGAGUUGCACCAGAAGGAUGAAUUAAUAAAGGGUAUCCGUGAAGAUGCUUACAAGGCACAAAAAAAGAUUGAAGAUGAACUGAUGCUUGAACAGGACGCCAGACAAGAAAGCCAGUUUACAAUUGAAAAACUUGAAGAUCGUAAAGCAGAACUGAAAGGCCAACUUGCCGAAGUGGUAAAAGACCUCGAAAGAUCUCAGAAUGCUCAUUAUUUGUUAAAAGAGCAUUGGAAAGAAAAAUCUGAUUUGAUUGGUACUUUAGAAACUCAGGUAAAGCAAGCGAAAUCGAUUUGGGAGAACAAAGAAAAAAAUUUACUGGAGGCUUGUGAGAAAGCGAAAAGUGAACUGAAAAAAAAUGAAGAGAAAAUGUCCAAAAUGGACAGUUUGUUCCGACAACAGUUGGAUGAUAAGGAAAGUGCACACCAAAAAGCCCUGUCUCAGUUGGCCAAAGAUCAGCAACUGGAAUUAGACAAUGCUCACCGAAGAAUUCUAGAUCUUGAAGAUGAGAUGAGGGAAAUUUUGAAAGAGAGUAAUAGUGUACAAGCCAAAAUGUCCAAACUUGCUAUUUUCUUUGGUAACAUGGCACCGGAAAUCAAUAGAUGAUUUCAGAAAUUUUCACACGUCUAUAUACAGAUGGGUGAUAAAUGUAUUAGGGUAGACCCAAGUAAACAUCAACAAGUUGCCCUAUUUUUGGUGUGGAA